AUGCACAUCGAAGAUAAGAACAUGACCAAAGACGAGAGAAUCGCUGCGAUUGAUGCGAUCGCGGAGGAUCCUUCGGUCACGCUCGAGAGUUUCGCACACCUAGAUAUCAACAAGAUACUGAGGAAGAUCGAUAUGAGACUGGUUCCCAUGUUGACUGUUUUGGUAANNUAUCUUCUGAGUUUUCUCGAUAGAGGCAAUAUCGGCAAUGCGAAGAUUGAAGGUUUAGCUGAAGAUCUUCAUCUCACAGGUGCAGAGUACAACUGGUGCUUGACAGCUUUCUUUUUCACGUAUUGCGCUUUCGAGGUACCGAGUAACAUGUUGCUGAAGAAGUUAAGGCCUUCAAUCUGGCUGCCGUCUAUCAUGGUGGCCUGGGGCAUAGUUGACUUCAAUGAUAACACAAUGUGGUACUGCCGAUACGAAGUCCAGGUCCGACAGGCGUACUUUUUUAGUGCGGCGAGUGUUGCUGGUGCAUUUUCGGGGCUUCUGGCCUACGGCAUCUCAUAUAUGGAAGGANUCUUCAUCCUCGAAGGGCUACUUACCUUCCUUGUUGCAAUCGCUGCAUUCUUUGUCCUGGUUGACUACCCCGAGACAGCAUCGUUCUUGACAGUCGAAGAACGUGCUUUCAUUACCUAUCGCCUCAAAUACGACGGUCAAGACGCCAACACAGAGCACGGCUACCGGGUUGCUCAAACCGAUCGUUCUGACAAGAAGUUUCUCUUUGCUGCUUUCAAGGACUGGCAAAUCUGGGUCAAUGUCGUCGUUUACUGGGGCUAUGUUUGUCCUCUGUAUGGCAUCUCGCUGUUUCUGCCUACGAUCAUCAAAGAGUUGGGAUAUAAGACGACGACAGCACAGUUGCUCACAGUACCCAUCUAUGUCGUCGCAUCCGCAAUCACGAUCGCAGUGGCUCCACAGNCGAUGGCAUCCAACUUUUAUCGCAGCACAGAUGCUCCGAGAUAUAUCCUUGGCCAUGGUCUCGAGAUUGGCUUCAUCUGUAUGGGUACUGUGGCCCUCCUCAUCCAGGUCUACGGUUAUCGUCGUAUCAACAAGCAAAGAGAGAUUGCACUCGCGCAAGGGGAGNCCGAGAAGUACACCCCUGAAGAGCUGGGAGAUCUGGGGGACAAAGCUGUAACGUUUAGAUACACGCUCUGA